GGGCGAGCGAGCGCGGACUCCAUUUGGCACUUUCUUAGGUGCUCUCCCAACAAUUACACAUCUGCUUGCAUCAGAGUGUCGUGUGACUCCUCUUCCUUAAAACGGAAACUCCUAAAGGCUCCUUGAGUUCUGCAGUUCUCCUUAAAUGCCUCCUCCAACUGCAAGGGAGUCUAACCAUCCGGUGGCUCUGUUCUCAUUUAACAUGGAAGAUGAGUUCUUUGGAGAAAAAAGCUUCCAACAUUACUGUGCAGAGUUCAUCCAACAUUCACAACACAUAGGUGACGGUUGGGAGUGGAGAACAGCCAAGGAAUGUUCUGAUGGCUACAUGUGCAAAACACAGUUUCAAAUAAGAACUGGGACUACGCUGCCACAUCUGGGAACACCUGCCAGUGUACACUCGUGUCUUCCUGCAGAGUUUGUUUAUAUGGUGGAUUAUACUGAUGGAUUUUCAUAUGUUGAACCAUCCCUGAAUCUCGAGGAUGAAGCCUACUUGAUCAUGGUGGAUGAUCUUUUUGAUGCAUUCUUGGAUUUGGAGAAUUUAGAGCUGCCGAUGGACGAUUGUGAAGUGACGGGGUCUGCUGCAGUGUCCGAAGUGAUUAAAUACGAGUAUCAUGUCCUGUACUCCUGUAGCUACCAAGUGCCAGUUCUUUACUUUAGGGCAAGCUUUUUAGAUGGGAGACCACUAGCCCUGGAGGAUAUAUGGGAAGGAGUCCAUGAAUGCUACAAGACAAGGCUGGUGCAGGGGCCGUGGGACACCAUCACCCAGCAGGAGCAUCCAAUACUUGGGCAACCAUUUUUUGUUUUACAUCCCUGCAAGACAAAUGAAUUCAUGACUGCCGUGCUAAAGAAUUCACAGAAAAUCAAUAGAAAUGUCAACUACAUCACAUCGUGGCUGAGCAUCGUGGGACCUGUCGUUGGUCUGCAUCUACCUCUGAGCUACGCUGAAGCAUCAUCACAGGCUGAGUGAUUCGUAAGCAAUCAAGAUUUUCUGCUGAUCCUAGGAACUGCGGCAUGUAGCAGGGAAGCAUUGGUUUUCAUGGAAAUGGGACUGCAAUAUCUCAUGGCACCCAGAUUUUUUGGGAGUUCUUUCCUUGGAAAACAUCUACAGAAACCUGUUUGGAAUAGUGGUUGUGUGGAAGGAACAUGCCACAGAGUCAGAUCAGGUUUGGUGAUAUCACUGCUGACAUCACGAAGGCUGGCGUGGGGCAAUUCUCUCCAGGCACAGCUCUUCUGCUGUGGAGAUUGAUGGAGAAAUGUGUUUGUGUUUUUGUUUUAAUAUAAGGUGUAUGAAAAUUAAAAUGUAGAACUUGCCUUUUCUGAAAAAUUAAUGUUAGAAACAUGACCCAUCUUAAAUUAUCCUCCCACAGUCAAACUCAGGAACAAUGGAUUAUUUCUUUAUCACUCCCCAAAAAUGUGUGUGUGUGUGUAGACAUAAAAAAUUAGAUACAUAAUAAAGAAUAACUGAGCAUCUUA